CGGACGACAGAGGUCAACGACGAACGCAACGCGCGCGGCGCAUUUGCAUAUUCCCGACGUGCCCGUCGGAGCGUUCGCCGGCGGCGGCCCGGUCGCGCACAAUACGAGCCCGAACGCGGUGACCGGGCAUCGACUGAUCCGUCCCGACUGAACGCGCUGCGGCAUGGAUUUGUGCCGUUGGCCCGGCUGGACGGCCGGGCUCGUAUGCGCCGCGGUAAUCGUCCGGUGGUGGCUGGUGCCGUGGGCCCUUUGGCUGGGCCGCCGGGCCCUGUGCUGGGGCCGGUACGCGGUCUCGCGCCCGCGCCCGCCCGGCAGCGGCGGUCCGAGGCGUCCGCGGCCUUCCGCGUGCCCGUGCUGCGGCGGGGUGGACUUCGACGGCAUGGCCGGCCGCUGGGCGGGUAAGUGACGACGGCCGCGAUGUCCGCACGGCCGACCGCCGUUCCGACGUUUCGCGAAUGUGUUUAUUUAUGUACUUUUUUUUUGUUUUUUUUUCGGUCUCGCGACGACUUCGGGACGCGCCGCUCCAGUGGUGACGGGCUGCACGGACGGGAUCGGCAAGGAAUACGCUCUGCAGGUAAAUUUAAAAUAAAAAAUCGUCGUUAAAAAAAAAAAUAAAUAUUCACCGUCCCCAUUAAUCCGAUGCCGUUUAUACAGUUGGCCGACCGAGGGAUGAACGUGGCGCUCGUCAGCCGAAACGCGAACAAGCUGCGGGACGUGGCCCGGGAAAUCCGUGAGUGUUCCGUAAAUUCGGGGAAGAUUUUUUUUUUCUUUUUGUUUUGGGGGCGGGGGUUGGGGAGUAACACGAAAAUAUGACGGACCACAACACUUUAUAUUAUUGUAUUGCGCCAGACGACCGGCACGGCCGCAAAGUCCGGACCCGAGUGGUGGUCGCCGACUUCACCAGCGCCGGCCGCGGGCCCGUCACGCUGACGGAGACAUUCGAAUCGGUGAGCCGCGGACUGGCCGGCCUGGACGUGGCCGUGUUGGUCAACAACGCCGGCAUGGCGAACGCGAAACCGGACAGGUUCACGGAUAUGACGGCCGCGGACGGUCACGGUAUAGUCGAGUGUAACGCGCUGGCCGCGGUGGCCAUGUGCCGCGUGGUUAUACCGCUCAUGUCGGAGGGCGGCCGCCGUUGCCGGAUGCUGUUCGGCGACGACGGCGACGGCGACGACGAACACUUGACGCUGCUGCUGUCGACCACGCCGGAGCCGCCCCCGCCGACGCCCGACACCCGGGGCGGCGUGGUCGUCAACGUCGGCUCGGCCUCGUUCCAGCUCCCGUUCCCGACGUACGCGGUGUACGCCGCCACAAAGGUACGGAGUAUAGUGUUUUUAUUUUUGGUUUUCGCGUAAUUCGCGUUGUCGCGCUGUUGUUGUGAUGUUCGGCCGCAGUCGUUUUUGGAGAAAUUCUCGGUAGAACUGGCCGCCGAGUACGACGCGUUGAACGGUCAGCCGACCUAUUGUUCCCCGGUCGCCGUCCGGUGCUUGACGCCCGGGGUCGUUGCCACCAAGAUGACCAGAAUGAGGCCGUCCGGCGACGAGGGCCCGUUGACGUUCUUGCCGGGACCGCGGGCUUACGCGCGCCACUCGCUCCGGUCGCUGGGUUGCCAUUGCGCGUGCCGGCUGAUACGGCGGGACGAGCGAACUCGGGACGACCGGGAAACCGGGACCGCGGGCGCCCGCGGAUCGCCACGCGACUGUGACCGAGAAGGGGUGUUGGCCGGCGUGCUGAGCGCCGUGUUCGAUUCGCCGUCGUCGCCGUUCUCGGUGGGUUGCGCCGGCGUCACCACGACCGGUUACCUGCCACACACACUCAUGGUAACGUAUUGCGUUGUAAUAUUGUGCAGGGCACGCCGUAAUAAUAAUUCUGCGCGCCCCAGCAAAGCGGACCGGACUGUGAUCACUGACCUCCCGGACGAAUAGCGAUGUCGUAAAAAAAAAAAAAGCACAGGGUUCGGCGCGUCGUGGAUAGCUGUUAACGUCGAGUUAGGUAACGACCGCGGUUCAAGAUAAUAUUAUUAUCACGAACCGAGCGGACCGUGAUCAAAUACCUUAGUUAUGAAUCGUUGAAAACAGAGGUCAGGGUCCUUCAGGGAGGUUGGGGGGGGGAGACUUAGGGGUCGGGGCCUCUACCCAAGCCCGUAUAUUUUUGUUAAAAGCAACUUUACACAAAAAAAAAAUAAAUGUAUUUAUAUAUUGUUGCAGACACGUAUAAGUGUAUAGUUGGAGGUCUCACUAUCUGUACAACGAAGUGUAAAAUAUAAAAUAUGCUUUUUGUUAUAUAGUUUUCUGAAAAAUCUGACUUAGCUCCCCCCCCUCUAUCCAUCAACCGAGUCUCUGGAGCCACCCCCGGAGAAAAGUAUACAAAUAAAUCGUGAAACGCAAGACAGCGAUCGUUUAGAGGGAGAGAUAAUAUCGCAAGAUGAUACACAGCGAGUGGGAAUUUGUUUGGGGCAUACUCCUCUCUCUUUCUAUAUUACAUAUACUUUGUUCUCAACGACCGAACAGCCGGAAAUGAAAAAAUAUAAUGAUUUUCGUUUUUUUUUUUUUUUUUUGGGAUUUCUGAUUUACUUUGCUGGCGAACGGCGGACACAUUACAGACAUAGAUGGUAAAGAUACGGAUAGGCUAUUCGUACAAGGGGUGGAGUGGGGACCGAAUUCAGGCAGGAUUAAAAUUAAUCUAUGCUAUCCAAUAAAAUGCGUACUUACCGAACAAAAUUUUUCUCGCGUUUUAAUUCGUAUACAGUGAAUAAGCCAGGUUUAUGAAUAGAGGGGAGCCAAAUACGUGAUUACUCGGGACAGGGCGAAGGUAAACCGCGGGUGUGGGGAGUUUCGACCUCUCUAAAAAAAAAAUUAUUAAUUCGAUUUCAUCAAUAUAUACAUUUUAAUGUUAUACUUUAUACGAAAGUGUCUGUAAAAAAUAAAUAAGAAUUUAGUAUAAUAAGUGUAUAACUUUUUACUAAGUUUUUAAAAUAUGAUGCGAGUAACCCGUGUAAAAUGUUAUUACGAUCCAGACCGUCUCUGAAAAUUCCCAUUUCCAGACCGGCCACUCCGCCCCUAAUUCAUACCUUUCAAAAAAGGGACUGGUACAGUUAUUCCAAGAUUGGCAGACAAAGUGUUGACUGACUGAUCACCUGGGUGUUCCGCCCCUCCGGAAACGUCUUCUACAUAACGUCGCAUACAACUGUUAUAUAAGUAGCCGAUCCGAUUCUUUACUGGCUAUGGGAGAGAUGUGAAACGGUCUCUUCUCACUGAUUUAUUACACCAUUAGAGUAACUAUAUGGUAUAAUACAUUUGUAACGGUCAAACGGAGGAGGGUGAGGGUAACAUAUCACCACCACCAUUACUUCAUUUUUCUUAAAUAUUUAUUAUAAUACGGGGUGAUUUUCAGUGCUCACCCCAUUUUUACGGUUGAGUUAUGUAUACAAUUAAAUUCUGAUGCUCGGAAUUUUCAAAUAUAUAGUGAAAGACGAUAUUUUCGAACACUCAGAUUUUUCCCAACACUCGACAAGUAUUCUGUAACAAUAACAACUUUGGUUUUUCUAACGAGAACCUAUACGUUUUAAUACAAAUGGGCAGUCAGGUGAUUUUUUUUUUUUGAAAAUGUCGACGCAUUUAAAUCGAAAUUUAAAAGAAAAAUUGUAUUCAAUACAAGAAAUUAUCCAUAUAUUUGAUACAGUUAUUGUCCAAUCCCUAUAAAAGACGAUUAUCGUUAGUAUUUAUAGCUCAACAAAUUUUCAUCUGAAUUUCGAUUACAAUAGAUACGCCAAUAUCAUUAAAAAAAAAAAUUUGAUCCGAUCGACAAUUUGCUUCAAAAUAACAUGCAGAUUCUCAAUUGAAAAACCCAAGUUGUUUUCGCCACGGGUCACUCUUUAAAUGCCGUUGAGAAAUCUAAGUACAUGAAAAUACCGUCGUUCAUUGUGCACUUGAAAAUUCCGAAAAUCAGAAUUUUAAUUUAUGCGUAAUUUAACCGGUAAAAAUCGGGUAAGAGCGCUUUAGAAAUAACCUUAUACAUUGCAUCAUAACCUUACAGUUAUAAACCAAAAAUACUACGUAAACAAUACAAAUUAGAGAUUAUCCUUAUAAACCCCUCCCCCCUCAUUCACAGAAAAAUCAAUUGGCGUGCCGACAGGUACAGAUGCACCCGUGUACGUAUUACCAUACCAUACAUUAUUAGAAACUCAUAAUAAAUAGUGAGCCCUGAUUCGUUGUAUUUCAAUGGGUAACAUGCAAACAGCACUAAAAAUGAUGAUAAUGGCUUAAAACCAUAAAUUAAAAUACAACUUUAAUUAUGAAAACAUUUGCGCAAAAAACAGAAAUACAGUAGAAACAGGAAUGCCAAAAUAAAAAGGGACGGAUAUACUUCGCGCGUAAGUGCAGCCAAUGUUUUAGGUGUGAAUUUGGAAAGGUAGGAUACAGAAGUGAAUUUGAUGGAUUUAAUUUAAGCGACGAUAAACAAUUGCUAACGAAAAAACGAUUCUGAGCGGAGUUCAGUUGAAAGUGAUGUAAUAGUCAACAUUAUAUUCGUCAUAUUAUGGUAAUAUAAUUAAACAGGCUUUAUACAUUUUCUUUAAUGAUAUUUGUUUAAUAUUGUACCGAUUUUACGGCUUUUCCCAUUUUUUUCCCGGUUUUUCACAUUUGCUGGGAAAACUCUUGAGAAUAUUUUACAUACAUAUUUCGUACAUUUUCUCGUUUUUCCUAGGUUUUUAUUUGGUAUUUUACAUUUGAUGAGAAAACUCCUGUGAAAAUCGAAAAAAAAAACCUUGUUAAAGUACCACGUCAAGAAAAUUUUUUUUCAAAAAAGGUUACAUUGUAUUCGUCGUUUCCAUCGGAGUAAGCUUUCUGAUAGAAAAAAUGUUCACACACACAAAAAAAAAAAAAAAAAAAAAUACAUCUUAGUAAAACCAAUACGUUUCUUUGUUACACUCAGAAUCUAAACAAAAGAACAAAUAUUUAUUACACUUAACACAGUUGAAAAAACAUGUUCAAUUCGCACGCAGUCGGAAACUGCAUUCCCUUGAAAAAAAGAGAUGAUGUUAACAUUCAAGUACAGCCAAUCGCAAUUACAAAAAGACAAGUAGGUGUAACAAUAGGUAGUAAACGCUUAUUAGCCGGGAGACCUCCACUAAGAGAAAAUAAUAAUGAAAUAUUCGUUUAGAAUAUUUUUUUCUAAACUGUGUUAAAUGUAAUAAAUUAUAAACUUGGUUUAAUUGACUCUCUGUUUUGCAUAAUACACCUAACUGAGAACGUUUGCGACCUCUCACAUUUACCUGUAGGCUGUCCUUCAUUGCAUACUAAACGUAUAAUUUUGCUCGAUUACCCGGGAUUCCUUAAUAUUUCCCCUGACCUCUUCUCCGUGCUCAACAUUAAAUCCGAAAUGGUCAUGAAAUUUUGUAUUGGAUGCUGGUGUUGUUUUUUAUAUUUAUCAGUUUUUUUUUUUCGUUCUCACUGCCAUAAUUUUGUAUUAAAAUAAUUGUCGAGCUGUCAUUAUGGUCACAGACUAAAAGCUAAUAAAAAAAAAAAAAAAAAAAAAAAAUGUAAUAAAUACUUGUUUAUUUUAUUUUAUGUUUUUUGACUUUUCUGUUUUCACUAUAUUCUCUCUUCUGUGCAAUUAUUUUCAUAAUUACAGUUGUAUUUUAUUUUACGAUUUUAAGCCAUUAACCAUCGUGAAACUGCCACCGGUGUCAUCCGCUCCUAACCCUUUUGCGGCUGUACACACAUAGAUAAUAUACGCAUGGAUGAAACGCCCAUGUACCUCUACUCGUACACGGCGUAAGGGGGGGGGGGGUUCACAGUGUUUACGCUAAACCGUGACGCAUCAAACACGAUAAUAUGAUCGUGUGCGCUCGUGCCGUGCGUUUUCCGCGUGUUUUUCCCGUUAUAACACGUUUUGAAAUGUUAAAAAUCUAAAACCGCCAUUCCGUCUGUACUGCAAUCGCAGUUUCAAUUGAGAACGAUGUCGUAAGGCGGAUAGGCAAAUUUUAUGUGCCUACUUAUGAAAAAAAAAAAAAAAAAAAAUGAUUUCAUUCAUACGUAGGUACAAUGCUCAUAAAAUUCUGAACCGCUUACUUUGACGAAGAACAUUUCUGUACCGAUCGACUGGACGCCGAUAUUCUAGUGAAAUUGUAAUAAUAUUUUAUGUCGUCAGCAACAUAUCGAAAUAAACGUAACCGGCCUAAUGUACGCACAUAUGAUUUUGUAUAGAUGAUGAUGGGUCACGCCGUGGUGUGGACGAUGGGUCGCUCGUUCUUGUCGAACUUCGUGUACGAGUACCUGAGCCGAACCCGGGACCGGAUUGUGCGCCGGAACGCGAAAAAGGCCGAGGAAAAGGCCGCAAAGAUCUGAACGAAUGACGGUCGCCACCGCGUGACGGUACGGAUUUCGGAGGCGUUCGCUUAUUGUUUAUUCAUUGUUGUUUUUUUUUUUUGUUUUUUCACUCUUGAUCAAACCGAAACUCUUACUGAUUAUCGGGAUUUUUUACGACUACCGUUUAUUAUUUAUUUAUUUUUUUCAUUCUUUCUUCGCGUUUUAUAUCGGUUUUAGCGAAACGCGCACGUCGGAAUUCGGGGGAAAAAAUUAACGUUUCCGACACAAUAAUAUAAUAUACU